AUGGGAAAGGCUGUGAGAAUUCACACAAAUGAGAAACCAUGUAAAGAAUAUAAGAAAUUUUUUUACAGUAAUUGUGGCAAAGCUUUUCUCCAAAAGUCACACUGCAGCAGUCAUCAGAGAACUCACACAGGUGAAAAAUCAGGUGAAUGUAAAGAAUGUGGGAAAGCUUUUAGUGAAAAGUCACACGUUGGCAUUCAUCAGAGAACUCACACCUCAGGUGAGAAACCAUAUGAAUGUAGAGAAUGUGGAAAAACUUUUAAUCACAGGGGAGAAUUCAGCAGGCAUGAGAGAACACAUACAGGUGAGAAACCAUAUGAUUGUAAUGAAUGUGUAAAAGCUUUUAGCCAAAAAUCACACUUCAGCAUUCAUCAGAUAAUUCACACAGGUGAGAAACCAUAUGUAUGUAAAGACUGUGGGAAAGCUUUUGCCCACAAGUCAGACAUCAGGAAGCAUGAGAGAAUUCACACAGGUGAGAAACCAUAUGUGUGUAAAGACUGUGGAAAAGCUUUUAGGGAAAAGUCACAACUCAGUAGGCAUGAGAGAAUUCACACAGGUGAGAAGCCAUAUGAAUGUAAAGACUGUGGGAAAGCUUUUACCUGCAAGUCAUACUUCAGCAUUCAUCAGAGAAUUCACACAGGUGAGAAACCAUAUGUGUGUAAAGACUGUGGAAAAGCUUUUACCCACAAGUCGUACUUCAGCAUUCAUCAGAGAAUUCACACAGGUGAGAAGCCAUAUGAAUGUAAAGACUGUGGGAAAGCUUUUACCUGCAAGUCAUACUUCAGCAUUCAUCAGAGAAUUCACACAGGUGAGAAGCCAUAUGAAUGUAAAGACUGUGGAAAAGCUUUUAGGGAAAAGUCACAACUCAGUAGGCAUGAGAGAAUUCACACAGGUGAGAAGCCAUAUGAAUGUAAAGACUGUGGGAAAGCUUUUGCCCACAAGUCAGACAUCAGGAAGCAUGAGAGAAUUCACACAGGUGAGAAACCAUAUGUAUGUAAAGACUGUGGAAAAGCUUUUACCCGCAAGUCAUACUUCAGCAUUCAUCAGAGAAUUCACACAGGUGAGAAACCAUAUGUAUGUAAAGACUGUGGAAAAGCUUUUAGCCGAAAGUCACACUUUUGCAGUCAUCAAAGAAUUCACACAGGUGAGAAACCAUAUGUAUGUGAAGACUGUGGAAAAGCUUUUAACGAAAAGUCAUACUUCAGCAUUCAUCAGAAAAUUCACACAGGUGAGAAGCCAUAUGAAUGUAAAGACUGCGGGAAAGCUUUUGCCCACAAGUCACACAUCAGGAAGCAUGAGAGAAUUCACACAGGUGAGAAACCAUAUGAAUGUAGAGAAUGUGGAAAAACUUAA